AUGAUUCUUAAAUCAAAUCCAUCUCCAAUUAAUUUAUCAUUAGCUGGUUGUGGAUUUUUAGGUGUAUAUCAUAUUGGUGCUAUAUGUGCUUUUAAAGAACAUGCACCAGAAGUUCUUAAUAAUAAAAUGGCUGGUUGUUCGGCAGGUGCACUUGUUGCUGCAUGUGCUAUGAGUGGUUGUUGUCUUGGACAAAUGUGUAGUGAUGCACUUGAAAUCGCUAUACGUGCACGAACUCAUGCAUUAGGACCAUUGCAUCCAACAUUUAGUAUAGUUGAUAUUAUACGUAAUGGUUUACGAAGAAUUUUACCACCAAAUGCACAUGAAAUAUGUUCAGGACGUUUAUUUAUAUCAUUAACACGUUGGAAAGAUAAUAAAAAUUUUCUUAUUAAUCAGUAUCAUAAUCGUGAGGAACUUAUUCAAGUACUUAUUUGUUCAAGUUUUGUACCAUAUUGGUCAGGAAUAAUUCCACAUAAAUUUCGGAACGAAUAUUAUUGGGAUGGUGGUUUAACAAAUAAUAAUCCAAUUAUUGAUGGAAACACUAUUUUAAUAUCACCAUUUGCUGGUGAAUGUGAUAUUUGUCCACGUGAUGAAUCAGGAUCUUUCUUUAGUAUUGAUUUUCAAGGAACGGAUAUUUCAUGUACACAAGAAAAUUUAUAUCGUUUAACUCAUGCUUUAUUUCCACCGAAUUUAUCAGUAUUAAAAGAAAUUUGUUGGCGUGGUUAUAUUGAUGGUUUAAAAUUUUUACAGACACGAAGUAUUAAGAAACAUUUUGCCAAUCAGUUGAUUGAACAUUCGUCAACAGGACUAUUUUAUAGUCGAAAUUAA